CAUACAUCAAUGUUUUGACCAGAGCCAGUUUGUUCCAAUGCUCCACCACAAAAAGUUCUAUAUAACAUAGUGCAAUUUGGUAACGCCUCAUAUGCGUAAUAGCACAUAACAGAUCACCUGAAAUCCAAUCAAAGCCAUGAGAAAUCCUCUUCUCUUGCUAUGUUUCUCACUGUUCUUAUCUUUUUCACUUGCAUCUUCAGUUCGCCUUACUUUGCUUGAAGGCUCCUCCCUUUCAGUCGAUAAACCUGAUGAUAUUUUGGCAUCGGAAGACGGUGCUUUUUCUGCAGGCUUUCAUUCCGUUGGAGAAAACGCUUAUUGCUUUGCCAUAUGGUUCAGCAAACCAUCUUGUAGUAUCUAUAACUGCACCGUAGUUUGGAUGGCAAAUCGCGACCAGCCCGUCAACGGAAGAUCCUCAAAGCUUUCUUUAAGAAAGAAUGGUGACCUUGUACUGAUCGAUGCUGAUCGUGCGGUUGUUUGGGCCACAAGCACUGGUUCAUCCUCCCAGUCAUCAAUGAAGUUGCUGCAACUCCUUGACACUGGCAAUCUUGUCCUUCGUGACAAACAGCAUGUUGUUUCGUGGCAAAGCUUUGACUCCCCAACCAACACGCUUCUUCCAGACCAAAAGCUCACCCCAGACACACCGCUCGUUUCCUAUCGAAGCAAGAACAACGUUUCUUCUGGCUAUUACAGGCUUUACUUUGACAACGAUAACCUUCUUCGUCUUCUUUUCAUUGGCCCUAAGAUUAGAAGUGUCUAUUGGCCAGAUCCAUGGCUUAAAAGUUGGGACGCUGGAAGAACAACUUAUAAUGAUAGUAGAUUUGCAAUGCUUGAUCCUUACGGGUAUUUCGUUUCAUCAGAUAAUUUGACUUUCUUGACAGCUGAUUAUGGCACAAAAAUUCAGAGGAGAUUGACGGUUGAUCACGAUGGUAGUAUUCGGGUUUACAGUCGAUCUGAUGGAGGGGAAUGGAUGGUUUCAUGGCAAGCCUUUUCUGACCCAUGCACAGUUCAUGGCAUUUGUGGACCUAAUAGCCUGUGUACAUACCAUCCUAGCGAGGGAAGAAGUUGCAUUUGUGUUCCGGGAUAUGAGUGGGAAAACCUUUAUGACUGGACUCAAGGAUGCAAACCCAAAUUCAACAGCUUCUGUGAUAGCAAAGUCGAGACCGAAUUCGUCGAGUUACCACAUUCUGAUUUUUACGGUGUUGAUGGGGGCAUCCACUUCAAGCUCCCAAAAUUCAAUCUCUCCUCUUACGACGUACCGAAAAUAGAAUAUGCAACUCUGCAAUGUACUGCCAAAGAAAUUAUGUUACCAAGGACUUUUCUAAAAAGAAAAGGGAGUUGGGCAGUCAAGAUUUUGCUCAUUUCUGCUGGGGCAAUAGCUGGAGUGGAGGCGAUAUUGGUACUCAUGGUUUGGUUCUUCUUAUAUAGAACCCGCCCAGAGAAAGGUGGGGCUCACUUCGAUGGAUACCAUGCAGGGCUGACUGGAUUCCGACGGUUCACGUACGAUGAGCUAAAGAAGGCAACACGGAAUUUCAGCGAAGAAAUUGGAAGAGGAAGUGGAGGAAUUGUAUACAAGGCCGUAUUGUCAGAUUGCAGGGUUGCAGCGGUCAAGCGGCUCAAUGUGGCUAACCAAGGAGAGAAUGAGUUUCUCGCAGAAGUGAGCACCAUAGGAAAUCUUAACCACAUGAACUUGAUUGACAUGUGGGGUUACUGCGCACAAGGAAAGCACAGGCUUUUGAUCUACGAAUUCAUGGAACAUGGUUCGUUAGCAGAAAAUUUGUCAUCUCCAACUGAACUCGAUUGGAACAAGAGGUUUGAAAUUGCCGUAGGGUCAGCCAGGGGACUCGCUUAUCUUCAUGAAGAGUGCUUGGAAUGGGUUCUUCAUUGUGAUGUGAAACCACAAAACAUACUACUUGAUUCCACAUACCAACCCAAGGUGGCGGAUUUCGGACUCUCUAAACUACUCAAGAGAGAGGGCCUCAAGAACUCGAGCUUCUCAAAGAUCCGAGGGACAAGAGGCUACAUGGCUCCCGAAUGGAUUUACAACUUCCCAAUCACCUCCAAAGUGGAUGUGUAUAGCUAUGGGAUUGUCUUGUUGGAGCUGGUGACUGGCAGGAGUCCAACUGGAGAAUACGAAAAGAUUGAGGCUAGUGAUGUGGAGGAGAAUCAAACAUUGACUUCGUGGGUGCGAGAGAAGAAGAGACUCGGAGUUCCACUGCAGACGUUGAUAGAGGAAAUUGUGGAUCCAAGCGUAAGAGGGGAAUAUGACAUUAUGAAGAUUGAAAUUUUAGUUGCAGUGGCUUUUAAGUGCGUGGAAGAAGACCGAGAUGCAAGACCCACCAUGAGCCAAGUGGCUGAGAUGCUUCUACGUUGUGAAGAAGAUGUGUAGUCAGAAAAUGAUACAAGCCAGGGUCCUUAGUUGUGUCUACAUAUGUCAUCGAUCCAUAUACAAUCAUAGGGUCAUAGUCAUUACAUAUCUACAGGUAUAAGGCAGAAGUUUCGGGAUGUAAUCCCUUUGGAUGUACGAAAUCAUGAAAGUUAGUGUCACUUUGCCUGUGUGUCCUUGGCAUAUUGCCUUAAAUUGAAAGCGACAUUGUAGAAGCAAAUAUACUAGUUAUAGUUAAGGCCGAAGCCGAGAAAAUGCUCGCUGCUAUGUUCGUCGCGUGACAAUCAACUUCAAUUCUGUGAUUGCCACAUGGUGUACACAUUCACUAAUUAAAUUAGCAUUACUUUAGUGAUUUGCCAUCUUCAA